CCGCCCCCCUCCACGCCCCGCCCCCCCUCCACGCGUCGACGUCACAACCACUCUUGGCCCCCGCGCCCAGGUCACGCCUCUCAACCACCCUUACCAAGAUGGCGGCCACGGCGAUGGAGACGCUCGCCGCCUCGGGCCCAGCCGAAGCCCUCGGGCCCCCCGUCUUGCCUGAGCCGCCUCGCCCGCCACCCGACUCGGCGGGCCCGCGGCCCGACGAGGCCGCACCGGCCCUGUCGCGCGAGGAGGUCGCUUCGAGGCUCGCCACCACCGCGAGAGAGUUGAGGAACAGGCGGAAGCUCGUCGUUCGACACCUGCCGCCCGACUACACGACGCAGGAUGUGCAUGAGCUCCUACGUGGAUAUGAGAUCAAAUACUGCUACCUGGACCGCACCAGAGGAACAGCGUUCGUCACGCUCCUUGACGGACAGCAGGCCCAGGAUGCAAUCUCCUGCCUUCACGGCACUGCACCACCGCCAUCUGCGAGCCAAUCGGAACGCCUCGCUGCUGCUGCUACCACCACCACCACCGCCGACAACAACAACAACAACGACAACAACGACAACCUCCUCCGCCACGCCCCCGGUGCCCGGCUAGGUGCACGCGUGGCACUGUCGGUGAACCUCCAGCCGACGGACUCGCUGCUGUGCGUGGCCAACCUCCCUCCGUCCAUGAGCCGGGAGCGGUUCCUGGGGCUCUGCAGGCAGUACGGGGCCGUGGAGAGGUGCCUCUUGGUGUACAGCAGAAGCACUGGGCACAGCAAGGGCUACGGUUUUGUGGAGUUCAUGAAGAAGGAUGGAGCGGCACGUGCCAAUCGCCAUCUGCAGGCAAUGCCCCUGGAGGCUGACCCUGAUGACGAUGGCGGUGGUGGUGGUGGUGGUGGUGGACCCAGGCUCCUGUAUGUUCACUGGGCCGAGCCGGGCGCACUGAGCGAUGAGUCGGUGCAUAGCCGCUGUCUGCUGGUUCAGAAGUUCACUCCUGGCAUCUGUGGUGAUGGAGGAGGUUUUAAUAUCGAGAGGGAUCAGCUGUUGGCUUUCUUCUCAAGACCCGAACACAAACCUCCCAUCUACUGCGAGGUGGCUGUGGACCCUCUCGGCCUACCGAGAGGCUUCUCCGUUGUGGAGUUCCCGACGGCGGCCGACGCCGAAGUGGCCCAGCGCCUCUCACACGGCCACACCGUGCCCCUGGCCCGUGGUGUGGCCGGCACCAACGGCGGUGGUGGUGUGGCCGGAGUGCGUGGUGGUGGUGGUGGUGGUGGUGGUAGUGGUGGUAGUAGUGGUGGUGGUGGUGGUGGUGGUAGUGGUGUAGCAGGUGAUGAUGGUAGUGGUGGUAGUGUAGCAGGUGAUGGUUGUGGUGUGCGUGUCCGUGUGUCGUUCUGUGCACCCGGCCCACCCGGAGCAUCCAUGAUGGCCGCUCUCAUUGCAGCACAGGGGACGGCCAUACCGAAGCCUCUCUUGCCUGAGCCAUGGAGCCCAGCCUUGCAGCUCCUCAUGCAGCCUCCUGCUGGUAACCUGGUGAGUGGACCGGCUGUAGCUGCACUCCUCCUGCAACUGGCCCUCCCUCACCUCCACCCUCACCUCAACACUCCUCACCUCAACACUCCUCACCUCCACGCUCACCUCCAGCAGCAGCUACAACAGGCGGCGAUGGUUGGUGGUGGUGGUGUACCCCUCUCGUCUCCCUGGAACGAACCCCCAAAUAACAAGCCGGGCAUUCUGGGUGAAGCUCCGUGUGGGGUCGUGACCCCGCGCUUGACAGCGUCACCGCCGCUCUGCAUGGCGCAAAGCAUUCUGGGAGAACCUCCAGGUGCCCCUCCCCGCCCCUUCCUUGGGGUCCUCGGGUUGCCGGGCGACGCCGUUGGGGCGUCCGAGGCGCUGCCUGCCCAGCUGGGCGCUCCGGGGUCCUCGCUGCUCCGGCCCUCGUCCAGGGCGAUGCCUGAGCUGCGUUCUGGGUCACUACUGGGGGAGCCACCUGGAGCUCAGAGACGUCCUCACCACCACCACCACCACCAUGGUGAAUUUGGAUUCCCCGACUCUUUGCCCAGUAUUCUGCGGACGCCUCCGUUGAGACGUGGCGGUGGUGGUGGUGGUGGUGGUGGCGGUGGUGGUGGUGGUGGUGGCGGUGGUGGUGGUGGUGGCGGUGGUGGUGGUGGUGGUGUGAGUUUGGUUGGGCUCAUGCCCAGUGCUGACAGUCCACUCCCGGCAGUGUUCUAUAGCCAGCAACACCAACACCACCACCAACACCAACAACACCACCACCACCAGCAACAACACCAGCACCAGCAACAACACCAGCAACACCAACACCAGCAGCAGCAGCAGCAGCAGCUCCGGACACAACACUACACCAACUCUGCUGUUGUGGAUUCUGGAUUCUCCUGGGACAGCCACCAUGAUGAUAAUUUUGAAGAUCUUGAUGGCCGCUCUGGAUUUCUCCGUUGCUACCUCGAGGAAGUUUCCUUUGAUCAUCGCCACGCCGUGUCCAGCCCGUGGAGACCCCAGCCACAGCCACCACCACCGCCACCACCACCACCACCACGCCGUAAACGUUUUUGCCCGUCACCUCCUCACCCUCAAGCCUUCGGCAAAACCUUCCCCGCCGGCCUCGCCGGCCUUGCCGGCCUCACCGGCACCACCAACACCGGCACCACCGCCAACACCGCCACGCCUCCUCCUACGGCACACGUAUUGCCGUCACCAGAAGCCUCGCCCGAAGGCCUCUAUGUGGGUCAGCAUUCACAGGGGUUAGGCGGCCACUAUGCAGACUCGUACCGCCCGCCCGCUCGUCCGCCCGCUCGUUCGCCCGCUCGUCCACACGCUCGUCCGCCCGCUCGUCCGCCCGCUCGCUCGCCCGCUCGUCCGCAAGGCCACUAUGUGGAUACUUGCAGGCCGGGCGGUGGACUGGGGCUUGCCGGGCCUGGCCACUUGGAGUACGGUGGUGGUGGUGUGGGUGGUGGUGGUGGUGGUGUGGGUGGUGGUGAGUUUGAUGCGGGAGUUGUGGAGUAUAAGCGGCAGAGGCUGUGGUAGAUCGGUCGCUCACUCGCUCAUUCAUCCGCUCGCUCAUUCAUCCACUCGCUCGCUCACCCACUCGCUCGCUCACUCACUCACUUACUCACUUACUCGC